AUGCUGAUACCACGACUGCACCGAAUGUCCAAUAGUUAUCGGAGCUGGGCUUCAAGCUUGAUCUUCUUUGUGGGAGGUUUCCUUCUCGCUCACCUCAGGCUGCAAUAUAAUGGUUCAAGCAAGACGAGAUUAGAACAUCCUUCAAGUUCUGGAGCAAAUGUCUCCCCGCCCAGUUGCCCCCUAAGCUUGGAUGAAAAGGAAUUGUUGAUCAUUAGUUCUCAUUCAAGUGGUCGCCUAGGCAAUCGAAUGAGCGAAUAUGCCUCAAUAGUAGCAUUGGGAGCUCUCAGGGGAUACACGCCAGUCAUGUCCCAGAGAUUGCAGAAAUCAUUGGUCCAAAUAUUUCCAUACAUUCCGUAUUACCAAGCCGUCCCUUUGUCGAUUGAGUGUAUGGCUGACUUGGUGUCAGUAAAUCCAACCAACCAAAGACAAUUAGAGCAAGCCAUGAACAGAUCAACGAGGGCCUGGCCAAGGCCCGCCAAGGGAAUCAAGUUGGUCAGAAAUCCCCACAUCCCCGAACUCUACGGUCUGGUGUCUGGUAUCCUCGCAGCCCAUUUCACUUUUGAGCCACAGUUGUAUAUGGCGGCUCAGACUUGGCUUUUGCAACGCCACGCCGACCUUCAGUCGCAAUUAUUUGAGUGGGUAAAUCCUAUUUGGAUUGGGCUCCAUGUCAGACGAACCGACUACGAAAGGGUCUUAAGCCGAAGGAACGCCUCGUUGGUGGAAUUGGAGUACUUUGAAAGAGCGAUCCGCGAAAUGAAGGCCAUUAUUCUUGGGGCUGAAAUUGCCCAACAUUCUAAGAUGGUGUUUGUGGUGGCCUCUGAUGAUCCCGCAUGGUGUAUGCAACAACUUCCACGCAUACCAGGAGAAAAGUUUAUCUUUACCAAUGAGAAUGAUGCAAUUCACAUUCAAGACAAUGGACUGGAGUCGGACUUCCAGGUUGCAUUCGAUUUGUGCGUUAUGUCCCUAUGCAACCAUUCUAUCUACGAUUAUGGAACCUUCGCAUUUUGGGGUGCUUACUUGUCUGGAGGUUUUGUGGUAGCGGCGGCCAUGGAUGUAGUGGAGGAACAGCAGCCUCAAGGUGGUCUUGGUGAUCUUGGAAAUCGUGUUCGGAUGGCCACGGACGUAAUGCGCGCCGAUCGAAACGCCAAUCUGUCAAGGUGGCACUUCAUUCCCGCUCAUCUCACUCCAGUCACCGUUCUCAAAUGAAUAGCUUAAAAUGAGAAUAUAAUAACGGUGCGUCAUUUCCACCUUAAAUAAAAAGAUAGACCUGACUCCUUAACAAGUGGAGAGGGGGGCCAGGAAUCUUGUUGAAUGCUCCUGAGGGGGCCCUAAUAGAAAACAUCUGAGACAUAAGGCAAUUCUGGUGGUCCCAACCUAUCUAUCAACCUGAUGGAAGGAAGCAAAACAAUGAUUUGGCUGUAAGCACCUUAGAGAUGACUAUUGUUGAGUUAAUCACAAGGACGUCUGCUGCCUCAUGCGUUUUGCAAAUGUAUUGGAUGGUGUUUGUCUUA